AAAGCUAUGGUUGACAACUUUAAGAGCACUUGAAAAUGCUGCCUUCUAUGCUGUGAAUUUUACACUCCCUUCCCUCAUUUCCCCCUUCAAUGGCUAAUUAUCCACAUUUCACCUUCGUCUUCAUCAUCACCUCGUUCAUUUGCUUCUUUCAUGGCAAGUCAUCGUCUUCUUGGCUCAACAACGAAGACAAUGGAGUCAUAAUGGUGCAAGGCAGGCGUGAGGAUCGGCCUACGAGAUGUGAUUUCUCAGUUGGUAAAUGGGUUUAUGAUCAAUCAUAUCCUUUGUAUGAUUCUAACUGCCCAUAUCUUAGUACUGCUGUUACCUGUCAAAGAAAUGGAAGGCCAGAUUCUGGCUAUGAAAAGUGGAAAUGGAAGCCAAAUGGUUGUUCUCUUCCAAGAUUUGAUGCACUGAAGUUUCUUGGGAAGAUGAGAAGGAAAAGGAUAAUGCUAGUGGGUGAUUCUAUAAUGAGGAACCAAUGGGAGAGUCUAGUUUGCCUAGUGCAAGGAGUUAUACCAACAGGACAUAAAAAAGUGACCUACAAUGGUCUUUCAAUGGCCUUCCAUGCCUUGGAUUUCGAGACGUCGAUCGAGUUUUCUUGGGCUCCAUUGCUUGUGGAAUUGAAGAAAGGACCUGAAAACAAGAGAGUCUUGCAUUUGGAUUUGAUUGAAGAGAAUGCUAGAUAUUGGAGAGGUGUUGAUGUUCUUGUGUUUGAUUCAGCACAUUGGUGGACUCAUUCUGAUCAAUGGAGUUCGUGGGACUAUUACAUGGAGGGGAAAUCUCUUUAUAAAACCAUGAAUCCAAUGAUUGCAUACCAAAAAGGAUUGACUACAUGGGCAAAAUGGAUUGAUUUGAAUAUUGACCCUCGUAAAACUAGAGUUAUUUUCAGAAGCGUGUCCCCUAGGCAUAACAGACAAAAUGGUUGGAGAUGCUAUAACCAGAAAACUCCCCUUAAAUUUUUCAGCCAUCCACAUGUUCCUGAACAAGUUGUAGUACUGAAAGGGGUAUUAAAAAGAAUGAGCUUCCCGGUAUAUCUGCACGACGUUACAAUGAUGUCGGCUUUUCGAAGAGAUGCGCAUCCUUCUGUUUAUAGAAGGGCUUUAAACCAAGCACAGAGGCAACACCCAAGAGAGUUUUCAUCCGAUUGUAGCCAUUGGUGCCUCCCUGGGGUGCCUGAUAUUUGGAAUGAGAUGUUAAGUGCAAUGAUCUAAGAAUGUCACCAAUGGUGAAUUGGUUUUUAACUGUUUCUACCAAAAAUAUAGUCUUUAAAGUUUCGUCAUGUUAGAUUAGUUGAGGUUUAUGCAUUGGUUUUGGUCUGAAAAAGUUUAGAGUGAUGGUAUGUAUUGUUCAAUUUAGUAAACUCCUCUAUUUGUUGUGUGUUGUUUGGGUGUUCAAUGACAUGAAGUGCUGAACACCAUAUGUGAAGUACAUAGUUGCAAAGGAAGGUUUCUUAGUAGUUGUAAUCUAUGUUAUCUGAAUUUUUCGUUUUCUUCAAAA